CUGAUCCAUUGCCAGCGUCUCUGCACACACAGCACAGGACGCCCCUGCCCGGCCUCGGUCCCCAGCAGCAGCAGCAGCAGCAGAGACAGCAGCAGAGACUCCUGCACUCACGGUCCCCGGGGGGGUGGAUGAGAGACAGUCCACAGGGUCCGGUCGGCACCCACUUAGACCCCCAGAGAAAGGCGCUGAAGCGGUGCGAGUCGCGGGCUGAACAUGGCUCUGAAGAUCGUCAAAGGGAGCAUCGAUCGAAUGUUCGAUAAGAACCUUCAGGAUUUAGUACGUGGCAUCCGGAACCACAAGGAGGACGAGGCCAAGUACAUCUCCACAUGCAUCGAUGAGAUCAAACAGGAGCUCAAGCAGGACAACAUCGCUGUCAAAGCCAAUGCCGUGUGCAAGCUCACCUACCUUCAGAUGCUGGGCUACGAUGUCAGCUGGGCCGCUUUCAAUAUCGUUGAAGUCAUGAGCUCCUCCAAGUUCACAUACAAGAGGAUUGGCUACCUGGCGGCCUCACAGUGCUUUCACGAGAGCACUGAUGUCAUCAUGCUGACAACAAAUCAGAUCCGAAAGGAUCUCAGCAGUCCCAACCAGUAUGACACAGGUGUUGCCCUAACAGGCCUCUCCUGUUUUGUGACCCCUGACCUGGCUCGGGAUCUGGCCAAUGACAUCAUGACACUGAUGUCCCACACCAAACCCUACAUCAGAAAGAAAGCGGUGCUGAUCAUGUACAAGGUGUUCCUGAAGUACCCAGAGUCCCUGCGACCUGCUUUCCCCCGGCUCAAGGAGAAACUGGAGGACCCAGACCCAGGUGUCCAGUCUGCAGCAGUAAAUGUUAUCUGUGAGCUGGCUCGGAGGAAUCCCAAGAACUACUUGUCUCUGGCCCCACUCUUCUUCAAACUCAUGACCUCUUCUACUAAUAACUGGGUUCUCAUUAAGAUCAUCAAGCUGUUCGGUGCACUCACACCACUGGAGCCACGGUUGGGGAAGAAGCUGAUCGAACCUCUGACCAAUUUAAUCCACAGUACCUCUGCCAUGUCUCUGCUAUAUGAAUGUGUCAACACUGUGAUUGCAGUGUUGAUUUCUUUGUCCUCUGGGAUGCCUAACCACAGUGCUAGUAUCCAGCUCUGUGUGCAGAAACUGCGAAUCCUGAUAGAAGACUCGGACCAGAACUUGAAGUACCUGGGCCUGCUGGCCAUGUCAAAGAUACUGAAGACCCACCCCAAGUCAGUGCAGUCUCACAAGGACCUGAUCCUCCAGUGUCUGGAUGACAAGGACGAGUCCAUCCGCCUGAGAGCUCUGGACCUGCUCUAUGGCAUGGUAUCCAAAAAGAACUUGAUGGAGAUUGUCAAGAAGCUGAUGCUGCAUGUGGACAAAGCAGAAGGAACCACCUACAGAGAUGAGCUGCUCACCAAGAUCAUCGACAUCUGCAGCCAGAGCAACUACCAGUACAUCACCAACUUUGAAUGGUACAUCAGCAUCCUGGUGGAGCUGACCCGGUUAGAGGGCACCCGACACGGCCACCUCAUUGCCUCUCAGAUGCUGGAUGUGGCGAUCCGGGUCAAAGCCAUUCGGGUCUUUGCUGUUGCCCAGAUGGCCACUCUGCUGGACAACGCCCACCUGAUGACGGGCAACGUGCAGCGGAAGGGCAUCUGUGAGGUGUUGUAUGCGGCAGCCUGGAUAUGCGGUGAAUUCUCAGAACACCUGGAGAACCCGAUGCAGACUCUAGAGGCCAUGCUGAGGCCAAAGGUGGCCACCCUACCGGGCCACAUCCAGGCAGUGUACGUGCAGAACGCAGCCAAGCUGUUUGCCACCGUGCUUAAGAACCAGGAGGGGAACACGGACUGCACAAAAGCACAGGAAACCAGCCAGCUGAUGAUAGAAAGGCUGCCGCUGUUUGUCCAGAGCGCCAACCUGGAGGUGCAGGAGAGGGCGUCUUGCAUCCUGCAGCUGGUCAAGUACAUCCAGAAACUGCAACAGAAGGACGUAGAAGUAGCGGAGGAAGUCAUCGCUCUAUUCGCUGGAGAACUCAACCCUGUAGCCCCCAAAGCACAGAAAAAAGUGCCUGUUCCUGAAGGUCUGGACUUGGACGCCUGGAUCAACGAGCCUCCAUCUGAGAGCGAGUCUGAGGACGAGCAGCCCAAGGCUAUUUUUGCCAAGGAGGAACCCAAACACUCCCGCCCCCGUCACACAGAGGUGGACGAGAAAGAGCUGGCAAAGAGGAGAGAAGCCAGAAAGCAGGAGCAAGCCAACAACCCGUUCUACAUCAAGGCCUCCCCGUCCUCUCAGAAGGUGUACCAGGAGGCCCCAGGAGUGGAGCACAUCCCAGUCGUGCAGAUUGACCUCAGUGUGCCUCUCAAAGUCCCAGGUCUGCCUAUGUCUGACCAGUACGUGAAACUGGAGGAGGAGCGUCGGCAGAAGGACAGAGCAGAGAAGAAGAAGAAGGAUAAGAAGAAGAGGAAAGAAAAGCGCAGCGGACGAGGGAAGAAACAUGAUUCAGGCCCCGAGAGCGAGGAGGACAUCACGCCUGCGCACAUGGUCGACAUUGUUACCGAGGAGAUGCCAGAGAAUGCCUUACCGAGUGAUGAUGAUGACAAAGAUCCCAAUGACCCUCACAAAGCCCUGGACAUCGACCUGGACAACUUGUUGGAGAUGGCUGGGCGAAGGCCGCUCGCCGACAGUGAGAAGCUGCCAGUCAGGUCACAUCGUGCAGCAGAGGUUCUCAAAAGCCCGGCUGAAGAUGGAGACGCAGAGUCUGCCGCUGCACAGGAGCCCAAGAAGAAGAUCAGCAAAGAAAAGAAAGAGAAGAAGAAGGACAAAGACCGGGAUAGGAAGAAGAGCAAAGACGAUAAAAAGAAGAAGAAGAAACACAAACAUGAAGAAAAGGGGGAGGAUCUUCUUGGGGGUCAGGAAGACGAGCCUGUGGUCCAAUCAGAAGAAACCAGCGAGGUGGCUGCACCGCCCGCCUCCAACACUGCUGAGGUUUCGGAUCUGGAUUUCUGGCUCUCAAACGCUCCAGUGCCCUCUAACGCCCAGGAAGCAGCCACCUUAGCAACAGAAGCAGAAGCGGCCCCUGUGCCUGAGGCAGCCUCUGGCACGGCGCCAGACUCCGAGCCUGAUGAGCCCAAAGACAACGAGCCGGAGGAGACUGAUAAGAAGUCCUCCAAACACAAGAAGAAGAAGCAGAAAAAGGAGAAGGAGGAUAAGGAGAAGAAAAAGAAGAAGAAGCAUCAUCACCAUCAUCACCACAGUGACGGAGGUGGAGAGGAGUCGGUGCAGAAUGGCACCGUGGAGGAGGAAGAGCCACUGCCGCCGAUGUCCAAUUACUGCCUGCUGGCUGAGAACUCCUACAUCAAGAUGGAAAAUGACAUCCAGGGAAACCUGCAGGAUGGCAGUCAGGUGGUGGUGUCUGUUAUAUUUGAAAACAAGUGUGAACGCUUCCUCAAAUCCAUGGAGUUCAACGUCCUGGACUCUCUCAACUCCAAGCUGCAGAGGCCAGAGGGGUCGGGUCCACACGAUGGCCUCACCGUCCCCUUCCAACUUCCACCCGGGGUGUCCAAUGAGGCGCGAUUUGUCUUCGCCGUGCAGAGCAUUGUGAUGCCACAGAAACUGAAGGGAACUCUCACCUUCAUACUGAAGAAUGAGGACUCCUCCACUCACGAGAAACUGGACUUCAAACUGCACUUUACCUGCUCAUCCUACCUAAUCACUACUCCCUGCUACAGUGAUGCGUUUGCAAAGCUGCUUGAGUCGGGCGACCUGAAGUGCAGCUCUCUCAAACUGGAGGGAGUCCACAUGCCCUUCCACCACCUACUGGCCAGGAUCUGCUUCCACCACCAUUUUUCUGUUGUGGAGAGGAUCGACUCCUGUGCCUCCAUGUACAGCAGGUCUAUCCAAGGACACCAUGUCUGUCUGCUGGUCAAAACUUCUGGUCAGACAGUGUCCAUUGACGCUAAAUGUGACGAGCCAGCGCUGCUCGGGAAUGUGCUGGAUGAGAUCAAGCAGACCUUCUCUCAGUGCUGAUUGUGUCCGACAGCCCCAGGGUGCCCCUGACCCCUCCAUGCCGACCCCUCCCUCGCUGAAACACAACAUAAUCAUGUUACGAAACACUGCGGCUGGCACCUCCAGCAUCGCCCUAUUUAUUAGUCCUCAGAUUCACAAGAUUUCUAUCCCCUUACCUUCUACUUCAGUGUCCCACACUCUGUUGUUCCGCUGCACUCUGAGCUCUGUGGUGAUCCCCCGACACUUGAUGUUGUUUUACAGACUCGCUGUAUACAUGCAUCGUCUUCUCUCUUCAAAGCCCUUUCAUCUUCACCUCUUCUGGCUUUUGAACUCCCAACAGCCACCCUGUUCUUCCCCGACUCUGACUCUAUAAUGUGCUCCUGUUUCUGGAUGCCCUAGCAUCCUCUGCUUUUUCCCCCAUGAACCUCCGCCCUCCACUUUGUCCACAAAUCAGUCUGUGACAGUCAUGUAAUGUAACGUUGACAACUGGAAGUUUGCUGUUGAUGGUUGAAUUGUGAUUUUACUGUUUUUGAAGGGUUUAUUUUAUCUUUGGUUUGUUUUUCUUGUUGUUUUGUCUCAUUUUUUUGUUGUUUGAAACCUGUCUGCGCCUUUCUCUCGCCCCCUUCUUUCUGCCCACUAAACAUCGGUCUAAAUUCUUUCUGCCCACUAAAUAGCAGUGUGUGUGUGUGUGUGUGUGUGUGCUGUUUGGCUUUGUAGGCCUGGAAAAAAACGUGUGACUGACUCUCUCUUAGACUGCUCCCAGCUGGAAAAAUGGGGACUCUCACCUGCUCACAGUUAGAAACUGCAGUGAGAAUAGUGCAGAGAUGAAACCACAGCUACAUAGAAGGUAUUGGCUUUGAACUUCUGUCAGAGCCGCUAACCCACUUGCCUUUUGGCUCAGAGCAGAUCUGCGUGUGUUGGUUUUGGUGAUUUGCACAGUAGAUCAGUGGUUUUGCUCUGUGCCUUAGCUGUGCAGUCUGACCUACUCCAGCGCUUCAUGAGUCUUGUAGAGCCCCGCCCCCCCGCCUCCAUUAUAUCUGCUCCCUGAUCAGCUGUGCUAAACUGCAGUUCGACCCCCCCAAAAAAACCUUGCAACAUAUCAUUUCUUUCGCAUGUCAAAGAUUAAUUGGAAGGCAUGAGAGUAUAAAAAUGAUUGAAUGAAACUCCAGAGCAGAAGUGAAAUGUGAGAUUUGUAUUCCAUCACAGGACAGUUUCUGGGGUCACCAUUAUCAGCCUCCUCUUUUACUCAAAGAUGAUUCGGUUAGUUGUAUAGAUGAUAUUAUAUUAUUGUACUACACAGAAGGAUACUUUCAUUUCUGUGAAACUGCUAUGGUGCAGAGGGUCUUCAUUUGUGUCACCACAACGUAAUCUGGCAUGAAGAGAGCAGCACAUGUUACAUCACUGCUCAGCCUCUUUUCUCUAGAAAGGAUGAUUACGACUGGCUGAGGAAUAACAAAGUUACACAAUCGACGUACAGCAUCUCUAAUGUUAACAAAUUCGGGUUGCAAUUGAGGGCAGCAAGUGGUCAAUGGUUUUAGGUUCCCUUUCAAUCAGUAUUAGGCAACAUAGCUUCCACUGUAAGGAAGCGUCCACCCUGUGAACGGCAGAGUGCAGUUUUGUCUAUCUUCAUGUGAAAUCAUGCGAGACAUUUACGCCUGUGCCACUUUGACAUUUGCAUCACAGUAACUACACCUGGGUUGGCUGACACCCACCUGGUGUCUACCCAGAAAAAACCCCCAAUGUUUCUUUUUCCCCUUCAGAAACUGCCUUGCCACUUUCUUGUACAUUGACAUUUUUCAGAAGAAAUGGCCUCCUCUUGGAAAACUCUGAGGUACUUAAUGUUUUUAGUUUGUGUCAUUCAUGUCUGAGGUCACUACCCGGUCCAGCACGACUUAACCUUGUAGUAGCAAGAUAAAAACUGACUCGGUAGCGCCUCUGAUCACAUAUACUGGUAAGGCCCUCUUCAUAUCUGUCUGCUAUUGUAGAUAACUACUAUGAUAAUGAUGUCUGUGACCUGGAGAUCAGGUCAGCCAUUCCACAAGAUACUCUGUCCUGUACUAGAAGUCUGAAUACAGAACUGAUCAGCUGUAUUUCAGGAAUGUCAAUAGAAAGUAGGUAUGUAUGUAUUCCCUGUUCCUGAAAACGACUGAUAUAAGAGAAAACAACUCCCCUAAUCAUACUUUAUCCUGAUUCUGAUCAUUUUCUUGUGCAUACUAUUUGAUUAAAAUUUGUAUAUUGCAUGAUUAGGAAUGUACACUUUUUAUUUCCUUUUUUUCUGUUCCAUUGACAUGCUUACACAAAGAAAAAACUUGUCAUUCCAUUUUGUCCUUUUUCUUUAUAUUUUUUUUUUAUGACGUUUACUUGGCCAUUCUCUAUUUUUCAUGGUAUUGUGUUUUUAUCUAUUCUAAGUUCAGACAAUUAAAAAAAAAAAAAAAAAAAAAGUGAUAUCGUUGAAUGUUUUAAAUUAUUAAACAAAGGGGAAUGGAGGGGGUUAUAUGUGGUGUCAUGACACUGAGGGCAUGGGGCUCCGAAUGUUAAGUUGAACAGAACAGGUCACAUGAAGCAGUGUACUGAGAGGCAACCCACGUUGUCUUAAUUCUCUAUUGGUUCAGUUGUAGUGAGUUAUUUUACCCAAGUUUGGCUUGUGACAUUGAAGUAUACUCUGGUAUGACUCUGACUUUGGAAGGUCCUGUCUGUUUAUUUCUCCAUAUUCCAUUAUCAAGCUGUACAAUGUAAAAUGUUUUAAAGGGGACAACAUAAAUUAUCUACAUUCCCUUUAAGGAAAAGUCAACCCAAAUUGAAAAAAUAAAGGCUAUAAGAAGCUG